CGACAAAUGUCAGGAAAGAGGAGCACUAUAAAGUCCUCGUUUCACUCGUCAGUACAACCGCAACCGAGGAAGCUAGGCAAGUGAAUGAAUCCUUCCGAGGGAAAUAUCUACGAGAACCCAGAGGCCACCUACCAGAACCAGAUAUCAGGUAUAUAUGAGAUGCCUUACAACAAGCCCCCCGGUCAAACACCAGUGUAUCAGAACACAAGAUGGGCCUUUGGAAGAAUACCUGCACCCCCUUCUUUCCCAGCACCCCCUCCUCCCAGAGAGGAGCGCCGCAAAAAAUCUUUUUCAUCCUCAUCUUCCUCUUCAUACGCACACGAAGACAACGGGGAGAAGCUUAACUGCAGUGAGGAAAAGACUGAAGUUGCAGAGUACAACAAACAGUUGAGCAGGGGGAAGGUGCCGACAAAUAUGAAGGGGGAUUAUUGUGUGUCACGCAAAUUCUCGUCUUCGACAUCAUCAUCAUCGGCAUCCGAGCAAGAGAGAGGCGAAUUGAAGCCAAGGCCUGAGAAGGGCACAUCUAAAGUCACACUUUUUAUUAAGGCUGGCAGUGAUGGGGAGAGCAUUGGAAAUUGUCCAUUCUCACAGCGUCUCUUCAUGGUCCUUUGGCUGAAAGGCGUCGUCUUCAAUGUCACCACCGUUGACCUCAAGAGGAAACCAACUGACCUUCACAACCUGGCCCCAGGGACACACCCACCCUUUCUCACAUUCCAGGGAGAGGUGCUUACUGAUGUCAAUAAAAUUGAGGAGUACCUGGAGGAGAUGUUGGCUCCACCCAGGUAUCCCAAACUUACAGUGAAGAACCAUCAGUCCAACACAGCAGGAAACGAUGUGUUUGCCAAGUUCUCCGCUUACAUUAAAAACACAAGACCAGAUAAAAAUCGGGCAUUAGUGCAAAGUCUCAACAAGGCUCUGGCCAAGCUGGAUGUGUAUCUCCUGAACCCCCUACCGAAUGAAGUCCAUCUUGUCGAUGGAGAAUCGGCACGCAAAUACCUGGAUGGUGAUGAGCUGACACUGGCUGACUGCAACCUUCUUCCCAAACUUCACGUUGUCAAGGUGGUGGCGAAGAAGUACCGCAAUUAUGACAUCCCUUCCCAAUUCAGAGGCGUGUGGCGUUACCUUGGCAACGCCUACAGCCGAGAGGAGUUCACCAACACGUGUGCGGCUGACGUGGAAAUCGAGCUCGCCUAUGAGGAUGUUGCUAAAACUCUGGGGAAAUGAGUGACAACAAAUCCGUCGAUGUACUUUAAACAUUAAAGCAGUCGUGCAGCUGGCACAAUUUAAUUUGCUUUUUAAAUGCUCCUCAAAAUAGACUGUAAACUUGCAACUGCAUGUUUCUUGUGAUAAGAACAUGACUAAAGUAGUUUUUUUCUCAAUUAACCUAUCAUAUGUGGCCUUGUGUAAUUGAGAUCGUGUUAUAAGAUUACAGGCUGGAACUAUUAGAUGACAACUCAUUUCAGUACAAAAAGAGAGACUGUGUGUAAAGACAGAAGCCAAACUCAUUUGUGCCGUUAUAGUCUCCUUUUACAUAUUUGGCUAUAAAAACUGCUUUAAAGCCUGUAUUUGAACCAGUAAAUUGGUUACACAUUAACACGCGCCCAAAUAAAACAGUCGAUUCAGCAUAUU